AUGAAAGACACGGCUGCCAAUCCGCCCUGUGCGCCCCUUGGAACGCUGCUUCCCUCGAGCUUGCCCUCCUGGAAAUUAGGCUGGCAAGCUCUGUGCGGUAGCAAGUGCCAGCACCGCGAAGCAUGCCUCGCCGAGGCCGAUUGCCUCCGUUCCCACGGGGGCACCACCCAGCCGACUGCCAAAGACGCUCUGUUUGUUCCGCUCCCACCCCUCUCGGCGCCGUCACCAGCCGACCGGUUUGUCAACGCUGUCUUCAACGAUGGCCUUGGAUACUACGUCCUCGUCGCGGUGCUUGGGAUUGCGGCAGCCCCUUGCUUUGCGAUCGCCAUGGUCCUACGCACUCUGUAUUUGGAGAUAUCUGGGCAGAGCCAGCACGAUCGAGAUGAGGUCGCUGAGUCUUUGGCGCCAGACGAUCUGCGCGACACCACAGGCCAGACGAGCAGCCUGAGUGACUAUGGCAAGCACUGCUUCAUCGAAGCUAACGGCAUGACAUUCCACUGUGUCGUGGCCGGCCCAAGUGAUGGCAUGCCUAUUCUGCUUCUCCACGGCUUCCCAGAGACCUGGUACACCUGGCGACACCAGCUCCGAGGUCUGAGUAGCAAAUACCGUGUCUAUGCGGUGGAUAUGCGCGGAUAUGGGCUUUCGUCCAAGCCCGAGGGCACCAAGCACUACACCCGCUCGGCCAUCCUCCAGGACAUUAAGAGCAUAAUCCAAGUAUUGGGCUAUGGCAAAGGCGAGAUCGCUCUCUGCGCCCACGACUGGGGUGGCAUUGUUGCGUGGUCGUUCGCCGAAGAAUGCCCGUGGCUGGUCAAGCGACUCAUCCUGAUCAACACGCUGAACCCCACUCUGUUCAAGAGAAACAUGGGACUCAAACAGCUGUGUAUGUCGUUUUACAUGUACAUCGUUCUUGUCUUUCCGGGAAUCUCGGACUGGGUGGCCAGGCUCAACGACUCGUACUGGAUUUACGAUGCCUUUCGCAUCUUUGGUGAUGGUGCAAUCUCGGUCGUCGACAUGGAGAUUACCCGCCGGCUCUUUUGUAACCCAGGGAGCAUCCAAGCCGCCUUUGCAUACUACCGCAACCUCAUGCUCGACCGAUGGGCCGCACCCAAGCACGUACUGGGAAAGGAUCUUGCUGUGCCAACCCUGGUGAUCUGGGGCGAGGGCGAUCUGACCCUUGACCGUCGCACAUGCCUUGCUGGGCUGGGUUCUGAAGCGGGCCCAGUCCUCUUGGCCUCGAUUCCGGACGGAUCGCACUUUCCACACGAAGCCAAGCCGGGAUUGGUCAACCAGACCAUCGACAAGUAUCUGUCCCUCGAAUGAUGUAUCCAGUGUCUCGCUGUUUUUGGAGCUGUUGCUUGUAUGCUGUGUCUCUGCCGAGGCAUGGCCGUAUGUUCUUCUGAAACGUUUAUUCUUGCUUGGUUCUUGCUUGGUGACUCGGCUCUUGCUCGGCGCUUUGGUUCUUGUUCAGUGAUUUGUUCGCUUGGAGCGGUUUGUGCAUUCCGGCUCGCUCUCAUUCUCCUCUGGUCGUCGGUUUGGUCUCCAGUUCGCUCGCUGCGUGUCUGGGUGUGGAAUCUUUCAGCUGCCUCAGCAUUGUUCGGCUG